AUGUCUUCCUCCAACGCGCCCACCGCACCCACCCUGAUCAACCUCCCUCCUCCGCCCUCCGAGGGUGGCACACCAGAUGUCCCCUCCCGCAGCGGCACGCCCAACUCCGCUACCACCUCCAUGUCUGAGCUCAGCACCGUAGCAAUCAAAGACGGCCACCGCGGCCACCUCCCCCACCACGGCCACAGCCACAUGAACCCCACCUCUGUCGAGGACGCCCAACGCGCCGACCGCAUCUCCCGCCUCGCCGGCCUCGAGCGCGUCGCCACCGCUCGCAACCCGGCCCCUCCCUCUAGCGCAGGCGGCAACCUCACACCCGGCGCCGCGGCUCCACCCUUGCAAGCGCAGCAACAGCAGUAUACCUCCAACCCACCGCAAUCCUACUUCGACGCUACAGGUAACCCGGCGAUCGGCAGGGAGCGCAGCACCGUCGGCUCCGCGUCCGCGACGGGUAGCGUGGGUGCGAGAACGACGUGGGCGGGCAGCGAAGCGGGCGAUGCGGACAAGAUGAGCGAGAGCCAGGAUAUGGACAUGGAUACCUCGUCUGUCGGCGGGAUGAGCGAGGAAGGAACAGGCUCGUUGGUAGGGUUUGGAGAGGGAGCGCGCACGCCAGCACGGCAGAGUACGGUGGGCAGUCCGAGCGCGGCGAAGGGGUUGGCGACACCGACGCCUGCUACCCCGGGCGGGAGCAGGGACGCGAAGAUGAUUGAUGGGAUGACGUAUGAUCGUGGGGUUGUGGAUACGACGGCUGGAAGGCAGCAGGGGGCAGAGGAGGCGGAGAGGAUUGUGAGGGAGAACAUGAAUACCACGUCCGCGGAUCGCAUGAGGGGCCAUGGGCCGGGGGAGCUGGGGAAGUUUGAGUUUGAGAAGUGA